AUUUGCAUUUGCAUUUGCAUUCUAUUAUUAUUACUAUUUCUGAGCGUUUUUACUCUCCUAUCUCCGCCCUCUCUACACACAUAGAUUCUCUAUCUUCACACAGUUCAAGAUAGUAAUAGGCUGCACUUCAUUUGACUCUGUCUUUCUACCUCUCCCUCUUUCUCUCUCGGGGUUGGCCCUUUUGUUAAUUGUUGAAGUUUCAGUCUGAAAGCUAGAAAGAGAGUCUUUCAAGUGCCAGCAGUUUUCUUUCUGAUGAACAGCCAAGGUUUUUAAUCGUUUGUAUGACUCUGCGUGAUGAUUCUUUAGGUAUAUAGUUGAUUUGGGUUUAGGUCGUCUGUUGAGGAAAAGGUGAUGAGGAAGGGGUUUUCUGCAACGGGUUUAUGGAUUGUGCUGUGCAGGAAAGUAAAACCUCGAAUGACUAAAUCCUUGGUGUUAUUGGGCUUUGUUUGGAACUUUUGAUAUUGACUUGAAGGGUUUAUUAGGGACUUGAUAGUUGCAUCUUUUGUUGUUACGAAUUGUAUUUUUCUGAUCAAGAUUCAUGCUUGGAUUGCGACAAUGGAGAGGUUUAUGGUCAGCUUGUUGCAUCUAUAGCAUUGACUGUAUUAGAGUAAGGGGAAAGAAAUGAAAAAUUUCCUGAAGAAGCUUCAUAUAGGAUCAAAUCAGUCUGAAGAUUCUGAAUGCUCUGCCUCAUCGUCCAAGGGUAACAGGUUGAGUGAUGGUUCACCAAAAGAGAGGCUUUCACACAAGUCCGAUCAUAAGCCUUUUUCCAAUAUUUCAGGGUGGUUGAAUUCUGUCACACAUAGGCACAGUCCUAGUCCCCCUUCUUCAUCUAAUGUGACCAGAGGGGACAAAGUGGAAAACUCUGAUUCUCUUGGCAGUAGUAGCUUUGAUUCUGCUCUGGAAGCAAUGAGGCGUGAUUCGGGUGUUAGUAACCCAAGGGAUCACGAUAUUGAGGAGGAGUAUCAAAUUCAGAUGGCUUUGGAGUUGAGUGCUAAGGAGGACCCUGAGGCUGUUCAAAUUGAAGCUGUUAAGCAGAUAAGUUUAGGUUCCUGUCCUCCUGAGAAUACGCCUGCUGAAGUUGUGGCAUACAGAUAUUGGAAUUACAAUGCUCUCAGCUAUGAUGACAAGAUUCUCGAUGGUUUCUAUGAUCUUUAUGGCAUCUUGACUGAGUCUACAUCAUCUAGAAUGCCUUCCCUCGUUGACUUGCAAGGAACACCUCCAUCCGAUGAUAUCACUUGGGAAGCCAUUCUUAUCAAUAAGUCAGCUGACACCAAAUUGUUGAACCUUGAGCGAAGGGCCUUGGAGAUGGUUUCCAUAUUAAGGUCCCAUACUGCCAAUUUUGUUACCCACAAUAUGGUGCAAAAGCUUGCUAUUUUAGUUUCUGACCACAUGGGGGGCCCAGUUACUGAUCCAGACAGGAUGUUUAUAGCAUGGAGAAACCUCAGUCAUACAUUGAAGGCAACCAAUGGGAGUAUGGUUUUACCUCUUGGUUCUUUGACGAUUGGACUGGCUCGUCAUAGGGCUUUGCUGUUCAAGGUUUUAGCUGACAGUUUAAGCAUCCCCUGUCGAUUGGUGAAAGGACAGCAGUUCACUGGUUCUGAUGAUGUGGCUAUAAAUUUUGUGAAAAUUGAUGGAAUGGAACACAUUGUUGAUUUAAUGGCGGACCCUGGCACGCUCAUUCCAUCUGAUAUAGCGGACGCACACAUGGACUAUGAAAAUGUUGUCCCUCCUGAAGUGACUUCAUUCAGUGGUGACCAAAUUAGUUCCUUUGAAGACACAUCAGAAGUGGGAGCAGAGGGCAAAAGAUCAAAGUUUAGUGAGAGUAUUGGUUAUGGGAAGGAACCACUUGACAUAGGAGAAUCUUUAUCUUCAGUUUCAGCAGUGCAGAAACCUUUGAUUUCUCACAGAGGAACGAAUGAUUUAGAUAAAUUGUGGCCCGUGAAAGGAGAAUCAGCACUUGGAUUCUCUAGUGGGCCUAGCCAUCCAUACAUGCAUGCCAGAUCCCCGUCCUGGACAGAAGGUGUUAGUUCUCCGGCUGUUCGUAGAAUGAAAGUGAAGGAUGUUUCACAAUAUAUGAUCGAUGCUGCUAAAGAAAAUCCACAAUUAGCUCAGAAGCUCCAUGAUGUUUUACGUGAAAGUGGUGUGGUUGCACCGCCAGAUUUGUUUACUGAAACAUACCAGCAGCCGCUAGAUACAACACUGGCGGGUAUCAACCCACCAGUGCAAGAAAAAGAAAUGAAAUGGCGUGAUGACAAACAUAGACCAAAGGGUUAUAGUGAUCCAGGUCGAUCUUUCCUCCCCCCAUUACCUCACCAUGGUGGUCAUUCUAAAGGCCAUUCGGACAAGCAUGCACAGCAACAGUUGCAUCCUCAGGAGGUGACUGAAAUUGAUGUUUCUUCAGAUUUUGAAGUAGGUCCUGCCAAAUAUGCAAAAAAUGUUCCAGUUGCGGCAGCAGCAGCUGCUGCUGCAGCAGUUGUUGCCUCUUCAAUGGUAGUUGCAGCAGCAAAGGCUAACCGUGAUCCAAAACUUCAACUUCCAGUGGCAGCUGCAGCUACAGCAACAGCUGCAGCUGUGGUGGCUACAACUGCUGCUGUUACUAACCGAUAUGAAGCCUUGGAAUCUUCUGUUCAUAUAUCAGAUUAUCCUGGUGCUGUUUUGAGUCCAGCUAUAUGUGGGAAAAGUGAUGGGGAUAGUGAUAGCACAGCUUUUGAACAAGCAAGUGGUGAUCGUGAAAACGAGUGGCCAGGGGCCAAUUUGGAAGGUGAGAGGAUAUCAGAUCGGUCAACUGGGAAUGAAAGUUCAAAAUCUGAUGUUACACUUGAUGACGUAGCAGAUUGUGAAAUCCCUUGGGAAGACAUCACCUUGGGUGAGCGUAUCGGUCUUGGAUCUUAUGGUGAGGUAUAUCGUGGAGAAUGGCAUGGAACUGAAGUUGCUGUCAAGAAGUUCCUUGACCAAGAUAUAACCGGCGAAUCUCUCGAGGAAUUCAAAAGUGAGGUUCGAAUCAUGAAAAGAGUUAGACAUCCAAACGUAGUUCUCUUUAUGGGAGCUGUCACUCGGCCUCCGAAUCUUUCAAUUGUUACCGAAUUCCUUCCUAGGGGUAGUUUGUACAGGUUAAUUCAUCGCCCAAACAAUCAACUAGAUGAACGCAGACGAAUGAAGAUGGCCAUUGAUGCAGCUCGAGGAAUGAAUUAUUUGCAUAAUUGCACUCCAGUGAUAGUUCAUCGAGAUUUGAAGUCCCCAAACCUUCUUGUCGAUAAGAAUUGGGUGGUCAAGGUGUGUGAUUUCGGAUUAUCAAGAAUGAAGCACAGCACAUUUCUUUCCUCAAGGUCUACUGCCGGGACGGCUGAGUGGAUGGCGCCGGAAGUUCUGAGGAACGAGCCGUCCAAUGAAAAAUCCGAUGUUUAUAGCUUCGGAGUUAUCCUGUGGGAGCUAUGCACGUUGCAGCAGCCAUGGGGCGGAAUGAACCCAAUGCAAGUUGUUGGUGCUGUUGGGUUUCAGCAUCGACGCCUCGACAUACCAGAAGACAUGGAUCCUGUCAUUGCCGAUGUAAUCAGGAAAUGCUGGCAAACAGAUCCGAAUUUGCGGCCAUCCUUUGGUGAAAUCAUGGCCAUCUUGAAACCACUUCAGAAACAAUUAACAACUUCGCAACUGUCAAGACCAAACAAGAGACCUGACAGAGGUCACUCUUCAGUGAACUUAGAAAAUUCAGGUGACCGGAAAAGCUAGCUAAUGAGGAAGGAAGAUGGAAGGCCUUAUUUUUUCUGUAUUGGAAGGAGGCCAAUGCAACACGAGUCUGAACGACUGAGGGAUUGUUGAAAAUCUUGACAGAUGCUGGGAGAGAGAGAGAGAGAGAGAGAGAAACAAAAAUUGAGUUGGUCCCAAGUUUUUAUUCUUGAAUGAAUUGAAUUGAAUUGAAUUACCACGCCCUCCUACAUAUUCUUGGCUUUGUGAUGCCAACGCCAUUCUCCACACAACUGUGCAGCUGCUCUUUGUUUUUGUACAUCGACUGGAUGGAUGAUAUUGUUGUAAUUAUCAAUGCUUGAUGAUUUUAGUUC